CCCGCGCCGGCGGCUUCCCAGGCUCCUCUCCGGGUAAACAACGAUGGCCGCCGAGGAAGGAGGCGGUGAGCCCCAUAACAACAUGGGGAACCACCUACAGCUGGUGUCCGCAGAGAGUGAGGAAGAAGAUGACAAUGAAAUGGAAGUUGAAGAUCAAGAUAGUAAAGAAGCUGAGAAGCGAAACGUCAUUAAUUUUGAUACCAGUUUGCCAACAUCACAUGUGUAUUUAGGUUCUGAUAUGGAAGAGUUUCAUGGCAGGACAGUGCAUGAUGAUGACAGCUGUCAGGUGAUUCCAGUGCUGCCCCAUGUGAUGGUGAUGUUGAUUCCUGGACAGACGUUACCUCUUCAGCUUUUUCACCCUCAAGAGGUUAGCAUGGUGCGGAAUUUAAUUCAGAAAGACAGAACGUUUGCUGUUCUUGCAUACAGUAACGUACAUGAAAGGGAAGCACAUUUUGGAACCACAGCAGAAAUAUAUGCCUACAGAGAAGAGCAGGAAUAUGGAAUUGAGACGGUCAAAGUGAAAGCAAUAGGAAGACAGAGGUUCAAGGUGCUUGAAAUAAGAACCCAAUCUGAUGGAAUCCAGCAGGCUAAAGUACAAAUCCUUCCUGAGCGAGUGCUGCCUUCAACAAUGGCAGCAGUACAGCUGCAGUCUCUCAGCCGAUGCCAUAUAUUUCCUUCUUCGAAACCUACAGCAUGGCAGGACCGAGCUAUACAGCAGUGGUGGCAGAAGUAUCAAAAGAGGAAGUUCCGCUGUGCAAGUUUGACAUCUUGGCCUCCCUGGCUCUACUCUCUAUAUGAUGCUGAAACCUUGAUGGAAAGAGUCAAGAGGCAGCUACAUGAAUGGGAUGAAAAUCUUAAAGAUGAAUCUCUUCCAACAAACCCAAUAGAUUUUUCUUACAGAGUUGCUGCUUGCCUGCCAAUUGAUGAUGCAUUACGUAUACAGUUGCUUAAAAUAGGUAGUGCUGUUCAGCGACUCCGGUGUGAAUUAGAUAUUAUGAACAAAUGUACAUCUCUUUGUUGUAAGCAAUGCCAAGAUACAGAAAUAACUACCAAGAAUGAAAUAUUCAGUUUAUCCUUAUGUGGACCCAUGGCAGCAUACGUGAAUCCUCAUGGGUACAUCCAUGAAACCCUUACUGUAUAUAAAGCCUGCAACUUGAAUCUCAGUGGACGACCAUCGACAGAGCACAGCUGGUUUCCUGGGUAUGCCUGGACUAUAGCCCAGUGCAGGAUCUGUGGGAACCAUAUGGGCUGGAAGUUCACAGCUACCAAAAAGGAUAUGUCACCUCAGAAAUUCUGGGGAUUGACACGGUCUGCUCUCCUGCCUCGGAUUCCAGAAGCAGAUGAAGACUCGGGCCACGAUAGAUCACCAUUACUCUGCCUGUAAUCCAGUAGUCUGCUUUGGAGGUGAACAGGCAGCAGUCUGUCUCUUAAAUGCGUCUGCUCAGUUCUGCUUCUGAUGCUUACUUAAACUUAAAACAACCCAAGAACACACACCCACACACAGAAAAACAACCAACCAAGCAGGCUCACUAUAUUUGGGUUUGGUGUGCGUCCACAUUACUGUUGUUCCAGACACACGGAGAACUGAAGGUUGAAUCUUUAAAAUACCAGAUGAGAAGAGGAGGUGGCGUGAGACACCAAGAAAUCUGUCUGAUCUGUCUGGACAGACUAGAGACUGAACUUUAUCCUUCCUUGUGGCACUUCAGAAAAUGUUUACUGCUAUCAAUCAACUUGCAGUGAAAGAAGGGGGAGGGGAACAAAAAUGACAAAUAGAGUAUAAUUUAUGCAAUAUAUGUAUGAAGGUAGACACCAGUUAUUUGCUGCGGAGUAUUUUCCAUAAUAUACUUUAAAGUGUUUUUGCUGAGAAUCCCUGUUUCUAACUCUGUGGAGUACUUCAAAUUUUAUGCUUGUGCUGUUUGUCAGAUACUUGCUGAAUAACCAUUGAAGAGAGUACAGGACUGAAGUAUCUCUUCUGGCUGAUACGGUGUGGGAACGUCAGUGGCAGUGCUGUAAUGGGCAAAAGCAAGAGUUCCUGCUGCCUGCAGUGCGGGAUGCCCUUUGGAAGGAAGCAGUGUGAAAUAUUCGGACCUUACAAGUUGUCUGAUCUAUUUAAUCAGUUUGACUUUAGAAGUCUUUAAAAUUUUAUACAGAAUAUACAGGUCAAUCCCAGAGCGUAAACUACAUUGUCAUUUACUGUUCAAUGUGCAUACAUUCACUUUACAAAAUUAUCUGUGAAGAAUAGCUUAUCAGCAGACAUGUCCAAGGUUCUGUGCAGUCCUUGCUGAAAUACAUGACAAGGAGGAGGCAACAUUUAAUUUUUAUUUUACACUUUCAUAUCAUAAAGUAAAAUUUAACAUUAACACCCUUACCCUCACACAGAGCAAAUGGUUUUAAAUAAAACAGAAGUUAAAGGCAGUUUUGGGAGAGGGUGUGUUUUGUGUUGGGGUUUCUUGGGUUGUUGGGUUUUUUUGGUCUGAAGUGCUAUCUGUGCUACAGAAAUCAGGUGCAAAAUGGGGCAGCUUUUGCCACUGAUUUGUUGGGGAUUAUUUUUCCCCUCACAGUGUGCUUUGGUGAUGGAAACUGCAGAUCUCUUCAAUAUGUUUGUGUACAUACACACUAGUUUUAAUCUGAAGCUUUGUAAUUCACUCUGUUUCUUCACAGUGAAUCUUGGAGAACUUGUAUUGUUAAAUAUGAGAAGGAGCUACUUCAGAUGCAUACUGCAGCCACCAGUUGUCCACUCUCAGUCAUGCCCCUGCACCUCAUGUAUGUAGUAGCAUGGACAGGUUACUUCAGUGAAAGGCCAGGUCAGAGCUCUGCGGGACAAGGAGCAGAUUUCAGUGGCAGUGGGUACCUGCUGCAGCGCAGCUGAAAAGAUUCCUAGGUGCAAAAAGCUGACAGAUGCUGAGAGGCUUUUGGGGUUGUUAAUUGUGCUAGGUAUGUAGAGACUAAUGAUUGUGUAACUCAGGUUUAGUUCUUCGAAGCCUUCUACCUCUGUGCUUCUGUGAUAACUUUUGUUCUCUCCAUAGACAUCUUUAGUGCUGUAUUUAAUUUUGUGUGCAGUGCUCUGACUUGCCAGUGAACUGUGAAAAGCAAUGCUUCUUUGAAUAUAAUUCUGAACAAAUAGAGGGUGAAUGAUAGUUCAUUUUUGUCAAGAAAACAUUCUGUGGUUUGAUUAUGUUUCUGUAACAAGCUUGCAAAAGGCUGAAAUGAUAAGCACUAGUGUGAGAGUGAGACUGUGAAACCUCUGUACUUGGGUAACCACUGAAAUCAUACUUAGCUUUCCCCUCACGCCCUGCCCGUGUACAUACAUGUACACACAACAUGCACGUGUGUGCCCACAGACACACAUCUUAGCUGUAGACUUGGCUUAUUUUUUCCCCUCAAAGAUACUUGGUAUCUGUUGUUCCCGUUAAUCUCAGUAGGGCUUGUUGGUGGCAAAAGGUUUGAGGGUGCUUUAAAGUCCCUUCUGCUGCCAAUCGAUGAAGGGGUUCACUGAGGGUAUGGUGAGUAAGGGUUUCAGAAUGAUUUUCAGAGCUAUCCCUGAACUUCAUAAGGUCUUUGGGUUUUUGGUUGAAUCUUUUGAUUGCCUCAACAACAACUAGCAUUAUGUUGGCAAUGUUUGAAUACAAAAUAGGCGUAUUUUUGGUAUUGCGUGUAUAUAGACAAAUGUAAACUAAUAUAAUCAAGUGAGAUAAGUCAGGAGUAAAUUUAGCACUAAUUUAAUUUUAUUGUUGAUGCUGUUCCAUCUGCCUAACCUUCCGUGUAAUGUUUGCCAUUUCAAAGUCCAUGACACUUUCCAGGUUGAAAACAAGAGUGAUGCAGGUUGCUGCAAAGCUGAUGAGUCUUGCUGUGGUGAAGCUGGCUGUUAAUGGUGCUACACAUGUAGGGAUGCUCAAAGGUGACUAGCAGGGUGGAUGUGGAGUCGUGGAGGGUUCUAUACAGUGGUUAUUAGUUUCUGCACUUUUUUUUUUUCUCUUUUUUGGAGAGAAAACUACUAGAUUGGGAUUGUGGAAGAUUGUUACUGACAAAUAUGGUCAUCAUAUGCUUUUGAGAGCUAAAUACAAAGGAAAUGACAUUUUAUGACAAGUUACUGUAUUUACUGCAUUCAUUGGCUGGCCUGUAGCUUCAUGCAUUAAUCUGACUGACUCGCUGACUGCUGCCAAAAGGGGUAAUUUUUCUCUCCCACCAUAAUCUUCGUUCUUCUGCCAUGAGCUCUGUGAGGAGUCCAUGACGAAUUAGGCAGUUGCAGGGUUGUCCUGGCUGCGCAGCCAUGUCCGCGUUGGGUCUGACAGAGGGAGGAGGGACAUGUAGCAUAGAACUGCUCAUUUUCCAGCCAUUGUCACAAUAGCAUAAAGAUGUCAUACAAUCAGCCUGUAAUAUUGCAAGUUUUCCUAUAUUUUAGAUGAGUUUUGGUGAAUAGGUAGAACCACAUAGGACACUUGCACACUGGGUCUAAGACAUGUUCAAAUACUCUACUGUUUGUUUUUUGAUAAUGCUAUUUUUGUAUGUGCUGCGGUUCAUUUUGUUCCUUUCAUCGUCUGUCACCUUUGUUUAAUUGCUCUGUAAAAGCUGUGGAAAGGGUAGCACGUUCCCCACUUUAAUUCUUCGUCUGUCUGCCUUUUGAGACAACUUUUCAGAAAAAUCUUGUCGCUUGCAAACAUUUGCAAAGAAUAAAAUUCGAUUUGUUUCAGAA